GCGCGAGUUUCGGAGGGGCGCGGAUUGCCUUCGCUUCCGUCCUGUGUUGCUUUCCUCGUCCCGUCAUGUCCGGCACUGCGGCGCGGGCAGGGGGAGAGCUUAUAGCUGGGCUAAACCUGACAGGAAUGGAGAGGUAUAGAGUUUUCUUGUAGGGGAAUGCACGUACAGAGGAAUAAAGAUGCUUUUGAGUGAGCCACAGCACGUCUUGUCCUACAAUGGAGAGCUUCUCGUCUUCCAGCUGUCGAAAACAAAGCACGUGGAGGGAGCAGCUGACAAAACAGUGAAGCUGUGUGUCAGGAGGAUGGCAUUUGACAGAGACGCUCAGCUGUUUGUUCAGAUGUCCUCCGGAGCGUUUAGCAUGCGCACAAAGCACUCAGAAACUGAAAUCGUUUGCUGCGACUGCGCCACACAUUCCAAAACAGGGAUUGUUCUUCCCUGUGUUUUGAUGAAAGUGAAAAAGCAGGACGGCGUUUUCGAGCACCUUUUACUGUUGCUUCAUAGCUCUGACCGGUUUGAGCAGUGCUGUCAUUUUAAAUUGGAUUAUGAGCUGAAAGAGGAUGUCAGGUUGUUUGCUGGCCCCUCGGUGCUAUGGAGGCGUGCCAACAAGCUGUUCUACAUCUCUUCUGAUACCUGCACGGUUCUGACCGCUCCUGUUCAACUUUCUUCAGUUGUGUGGACAGGGGAAAUUGAAGGUGAAGGCACUGUUGUGUUAGGGAUCAGAGCUGCUUGCCUGCCUGAGAGUGAAGAUGGGGAUGAGUUUUGCACUUCAGAUAGAGCCAUCUGGGGCAGUGAGUUCUUUGGAUAUGCAAUUGAAAUGCAGAAAAUGCUGACUGGUACAUGCUUUAUGCCUCAUGCUUACAGCAGGGUAGUAUCUUCUAUCUGUGUCUGCAAGAGUGAGAGACUGAAAAAACAACUCAGAAUAUCAGUUGUUGCCAUCACAAACAAGAAUCAACUGAUCUGGUUCCAAGAUGGUGUCCCUAAAGGUGUUUGUGAGCUUCCUUAUGAAAAAUCAUGUUUAAUAAAAACUGCUGUAACCAGUAGCAAUGAUUUGCUAUUUAUUGUAUCUUUUUCAUCUGGGAAUGUAUGUGUUGUACGGAGAGAGAACUUGCAGGUUACUUCCAAAUGGCAGAAGGUGAAGUCUGUUCUGGUAGAUGACUUUAUUGGUUCUGGAACUGAGCAACUGCUACUGCUGUUUAAUGAUGAAUCCAAUACAGAUGUGUUAAAUAUGUUUAAAAUAAUGGACUUUGGAAAGAUAAACUAUGAAAGUGGUGUUAAUUAUAAAGACGAUGUUCCUGCUGCAGAAGGAUUACAAGAGAAUGGUUUGCUUACCAUCCAAGCUCUUGAAACCAGAUUACAGGCUGGUCUCACCUCUGUUCGAGAGCUACAGCAGCAUUUACAACUCAAAAAGAGGGUUAUUCUUGAAUCAUGCAGAGCACUAAUAGAUCUAGUUGAAGGAAGAAGCCAUAUUCUACCAAGUGCAAAAAAGGAAGGCCUUGUCAGUCUCUGGGAUGAUGUGAAAGAACCUUAUUCUGUUAGCGAAGAGCCAUCAUUGACACCUAAACUUCAAGGUCACUUCAUAGAGAAAUUGUGGCAACGUGUUGUGGGUGACAACUUGGUAGUUGGAGUAAAACUAACUGAAUCAUUUUGUUUGUCAGUGCGUGAUAUCAGUUUGUCGUUAGUGAUGGAUCAAGACUUCUCUUUGAUGUCUCCAAUUAUUGAGUGUCAGAAUAAAAUCAUUAAGGUGAACGAAGUCUUCUCAGCAUUAUCUGUCUCCUCGUGUCAAAUUGAGCCCCCUCAGAAAAAGAUGAAAUUGGACUUGCGUAACAAGAAUGAUCUGAAAAAAGAUUUUCAUAAGAGAUGUUCUAGGACUCAGCUGGGUAAAACAAAUACUGUCACUGCUGUUACCAACCUUUCACCACUACUGGCAUUUCAUCGUGUUUGUUGCACAGUUAUACUACAUGCAAAGAAACAAAAACAUCGGAAUGGUGAUUUUCUGAAGAGCAAAAGCAUAACUUUACUCUGUGGGAAAAUUUUGCUGAGUCUGGAAGAUAUUUCAAAUGGGAAAUAUUCAGUAAAUAUGCUCAAGGAUAAUAGUUACUGUACAGGUUCCACGGAAGACAUAGUUGCUAUCCUUGCAGUAUCGAUCAGAUUUUCCUUUCAGAUUGUGUCUUCUGAAUGCACAUUGACUCAAGUAAAUUCAUGGCUACUUGGAGAAAUGGACUGUGUUCCAUUUAAGGAAUGCCAUGACAUGGUAUUCUCUCAUAAAGCAGGAAACAUCUAUGGUACAGUCUUUAGCUGGACACUGAAAAGUCCAUUUGAAGGAGUUCUAACGCUAUUUUGCAGAAGUCUGACCGUCUUGUUCCAGUGUCUUCAUAGCCUUACUAGAGUUCUUCCACCAAGCUGUGAUGUAAAACUCCUGAAAUCUGGAAGCAAAGGUGUACUUAUUGAGCAGUUAGCACUGGCUUUGGAAAAAGAAAUGUUCACUUCAAGGAGUUUCCUCUCCUCAAAAGAAAGUAAAGCUGAAAACAACUUGACAAGGUGGAAUGAGCCUGGUGGGAAAAUCAGUGAUCCUUCUGUGGCUUCUUUACUGGACAGUGAGGAUGGUGUUCAGCAUUUCAGAGAGAAGCUUCAAAAUGAGCGGGAACAGUGUGUGCUAAGUAUGAAUGAAAUGAUGGAUGGUACCCUCUACCAGAAAAUGGCUUUGAAAGUAGCAGAAGCUCAGCUCAGUUCUGAUAUGAUUGUGUGGAGAUUGAGCAAAUCCUAG